UUUAAAAUUGCACACAUAUUAAAGGUGACUACACCAAAAGUAAGAAGAAGAAGAAGGAGAAGGAAGGUGCUUCUCCUUGAACGGAGCUGUUGGCUACUUCUCUACCCUUUUUGUCAAUUAAAGAACUGCUUCUCUGACAGUUUUCCAAAUGAUUGGUAGCUAUGGCCUCAAUAAAGGAAAGAGCUGCGGCGUUGAACCUCGCAGAGAAACUGUGUGUGCGUUCUCCGGCACAUGGAGUGAGCAGUCAUCCAGUGAAGUCUGCCUGCUUGUGGAGUGGCCUCAUCUCUCACCUCAGGUCCUGUGUGACAGUGAAGCGUCGACGAGUCCACUUUAAGUCCCACAGUGACUGUUUCCUUGGCUCAGAAGCCGUUGAUGUGUUGGAAGAACAUAUUAACCGUUUCAAAGGCUUACAGGGUGCAAAGGUGUCACGAGACAAAGUAGUGUGGGUGUGCCAGGCUCUUUUGGACUGCAGUGUGUUUGAGGCAGUGGAAACCAAAGUUUUUGGGACGGAGAAGAAGCAGGAUGUGUUUCAGGACAGCAAGAGUACUCUUUACAGGUUUGUAAAUGUGCACAUGCCUUCGGUUGAUGAGCUGGAGAGAAUUAUUCCUGUGAGUGGGAUCCAAAAUCUCUUCUGCAGUGCUCCUGCAGACAGGCAGGAAGAGCUGACAUGUCCUGCUGGGUCACAUGUCCAGUUGUCCACCCCUGUUAAGUUCACUCAGGCAUCCACAAAAGCAAACCAGCUGGACACUCCUGUGAGUGCCAGCCUGCUGCUGGAGCCAGUGGUGGACAGACCGAGCCCAAGUCCCAGCAGAGCGCACACUGGUGCUGUUUUACCACAGUCAUUGGUAGAUGAGGUGUGGCAGGAGCAGACGCUGCUCAGGCUGUUAAACCUGGUGGAACUCCCCCUCUUGGAAGGGGUGCUUCAGUGCUCCCAGACACCAUCGUCUCCCACUUCAUCACACCUGUUGGCUUACGGUAGCCCCGACCUGAUCUACAGCAGCAACUAUCUGGACAGACAGAUCCUCAAGGCGUUCAGGGACACUCAGGAAGAUGAAUGGCUGCAUGCAGCUUUGGACUGCUUGGACUUCCUCCCUGAUCAGCCAGUGGUGGAGCUGAGCAGGGAGCUACAGCACUGUUUCCCUCUAAAUCGGGAGAGAUGUGACCAAGUCCCAGCUGGCAGCAGUGUCCAAGAUGUGGUGCAGCCUGUGAUGUCUGUGUCCGUUCCAGGCCACAGCAGCGAUGAGCAGCCUCAUCACUCCCACAGUAGUUUGGCCCGGUGCAAGCGGCUGCUGUAUGAAACUCUGGUCAAACACUACAGCCACACAGAGAGACCUUCACUGCUUCCCCAGUGCAUGACUGACAUCUACACAGCCAUCAUUGACCUCCUGGUGAAUGCGAAGUUGGGCGCCGCUCUCGAGGCUCUACAGCUAUGCCUGAAGCUGCUGCCACACAGCUGCAGAGAAGAGCUGCGCAGGCUGCUUACAUUCAUGUCUUUGGCAACAAAUCCACAAGGGAUAAAACUGGACAAGGAGAUGGAGAACAGACUGGCAGUGAAGAGGUGCUUCACCAAGGCAGUUGUCCACAGCAAGGUGCUUUCCAAAGACAAGGUGGACCUGAUGGUGGUCUUCAUGCUCAGCAAUGUAAAAGAAAUCUUCAAGAUACCAGGGGCUCUUCACAAAGGAGUGAGUGACAAGCUGGCCAGCCUUGCACAAGGGGAGCAUCCUGAUGUGACUGGCUCUCCCAUUUAUCAACAGGCUUCCAGCAGGAUUUGCACUGACUCUACAAAGAAGACCACCAACCAGGAGUUGUGGGCUCUGCUGAACAGCAUCCAUCUGGACACCAAGAUCUCAGUCAAAGAGAGGAAGCGCCUGCUCCGACAGUUUAACCAGGCCCACCCAGAGAUAUUUAACCAGUACUUUGGUGAUACUGCACUUAGUAUGCUAUAGAUAUAUGAAAGCGGUGAUAAAGGCACAUAGCCUUGUGGAGCUAAUGUCCUCUGUCAGUUUCAGCUGUUUUUGGUUGUUGCAUUUGAGGUAACUAUUUAGUCAGUUUACAAGCUAGCUUCCGUAAAAGAAAUGCUUAUCUGAUGUAUAUGGGACUGCAUGAUUUCCUUUGUGUGUGUAUUUGCUUUAAUAUUGAAGAAAAUAAAACAUACAGUACAUGUGUAUAUACUUUUUCUUAAAUAUAGAACAAAUGUUAUAUUCCUGUGAUUAGGCUUGAAUGUGUUUUUUCCUUUUAAAAUUUUUUUUUUUUUUAUGGCUGUGAGGGUGUAAACACAACACGUAACUGAAUAAAGGAAGCAAAAUUUGUGCAAAAUAGAAUGGCCCCUGCUUAAAAAAUAAAAAAAAACA